AUGUUCGGCGGAUAUAUCAUCUACAGCGGGGGAGCUAUCUGGCUCACGAUAUCCUCUAUCCUAUGUGGUGUCUCCCAAACAUGGCUGAUGUUGAUUAUUUGUCGAGCGUUGCAGGGCUUUGCUCUGGCCGCCUUUCUUCCAUCGGGAAUGAUGAUUCUCGGCAGCACGUACAGACCUGGACCCAGAAAAAACAUCGUUUUCAGUAUCUAUGGCGCAUGUGCGGCGUUGGGCUUCUUUGUGGGGAUUUUCUUCUCCGGACUCACUGGUGAAUAUCUCACCUGGAGAUGGUACUUCUUCUUCGGAGCAAUUCUCUCCGCGAUCACAUCAAUUCUGUCACUCUUCUCCAUUCCGCGCGAUUAUUCCGAGAUGAGAAAAUUGGGCAUCCAGAUGGAUUGGCCUGGUGCGUGUCUUUCUAUCCCGGCGGCUGUGUUCAUUGUUUUUGCCAUUGCGGAUAGUUCAUAUGCGCCGCAAGGGUGGAGAACGCCAUAUAUCCCUCUGUUCCUCGCUCUUGGACUUAUCUUCCUCGGAAUGAUGGUCUAUGUGGAGGGAUGGGUGGUGAAGAACCCUUUGCUCCCUGGUGAUAUUUUUCGAGUUAAGUAUAUGCUGCCUCUGGUCGUCGCUCUGCUAUUUCUUUAUGGCACAUUGGGAAUAUUUCUCCUCUAUGCCGUUUUGUACAUGUCUGAUAUAAUGGGUGCUUCGCCAAUGCAAAUCGUGGCAUGGGCUGCGCCUAUGGGAAUUGGUGGCCUUAUCCUCUCAGUCGGAGGAGGAAUGAUCUUCCACAAAGUCCCAGGAACGAUAUUGAUGCUGAUAUCAUGUCUCGGCUACGUGGGUUCUGGGUUGUUUUUUGCCGUUAUUCCUCUUGGCGGAAAUUACUGGGCUUUCGUAUUCCCGUCGAUGAUAUGCGGCACAGUCGGCAUUGACAUCAGCUUCAACAUCGCCAAUGUCUUUAUCACGACAAACCUUCCAAAAUCAAGGCAAGGCUUAGCUGGUGCAUUGAUCAACUGCACUCUGCACAUGGGGAUCGCUGUGCUACUUGGUUUCGCGGACAUUGUUCAGACCCAGACGUCUGACUUGGGUUCUCGGCGCAGCUACAAGGCUGUCUUUUGGUAUCAAACCGGACUAGCGAUACUGGGUCUUCUUAUUGUCGCCUUUUUCGUGCGAAUUCGAGAGGCUAAGAGUGAGUUUACGCUUGAUGAAAGAGAAGCAAUGGCAGCAGAGGGAAAUGAAAGAGCUGGCGAGGUCGGAGAUGUUUGA